AAAGUUUAGCAGCAUUCAUUUACAUUAAAAUAUUUGAUAAUGAUUCUUUAGAGUUUUUGUCUUUUCGUCUUACGGCUUUUCAAGGCGUGUGAACGCCUUGUUUAUGAACGCGGUAUUAAAUAAACUAUACAUGAUUUGUAAACGUUUGGUUUAUGAACUACCGAAACCCAUUGCUUCAUAAUUUGUAGACACCUGGUUUAUGAACUAGUCAGCUAUUAAACUGAAACUUGUUAAGAACCUCUCGAAUUCAUCUUCCAUAAUUAAGUUACAUCCGCGUUCUAAAUAUUAAAACUAAAUGAACCGAGUGAAUUAAGUGAAAUAAAUAGAAUAUCCUCGUUGGAAAAAUAUUACCGGUCAUCAUGGAAUUCGAAGAUAUCCUUCAAGAGGUGGGUGGUUAUGGCCCUUUCCAAAGGAAUCUGCUUUUUUUGUUCGUCGCACCUCUUUAUUUUCUAAACUCGUCCUUGAGCAUGGCCCUGAUCUUCAUUCUCACUGUGCCCGACCAUUGGUGCAAUGUGCCUGGGGAUAGCCCCCUCAUGAAUAUGACUGCUGUGGAGAGGCGGGGUGUGGUGGAGGCACCAGAAGAUCCCUCAUGCCUGAUGCGGAACUAUUCAGCGUUGCUACAGAAUACCACAGAAGAAACUAUAGAAUGUCUGAAUGGCUGGGAGUAUGACACAACAUAUUUUGAAGUGACAGCAGCGUCACAGUGGAAUAUGGUGUGUAGAGAGAGCCAUUAUCCGAGCCUCGUUCUCACUCUGCAGAAUGUUGGAGGCCUCAUCGGUACACCUGUCACCGGAGCAUUGGCAGACAGAUUCGGGAGAAAGAAAGUUUUGUUCGCUGCUGUGUUCCUCAUGUCUGUGACAGAACUGUUGUCCAUUUUGAGCACAAAUUUCUAUCUCUUCGCUCUCAUCAGAACAAUCAAUGGUCUCGCCUUGACAUCGGUUUUUGUCCUUCCAUUCAUUCUCAUUUUAGAGCUGGUAGCCCCAGAAAAGCGCGUCAAAGUGAACGGCAUCGCUAAUUGUUCCUGGAUGUUCGGAAUGUGUGCCCUACCGUUACUCGUCUACUUUGCUCGGAGUUGGAUAACCCUUGGAAUAUUCAACACAGCUGUUGCAGCUUCCAUUUUACUCUACUGGUGGUACGUUCCUGAAUCACCUAUUUGGUUGUUAACCAGAGAGAGAUACGACGAGGCACUGCAUAUAAUGAAGCAAAUUGGAAAAAGAAAUAAAAAAGAAGUCGACGAAAUCUUACUCACUAAGAUGCUAAAAUCUCUGGGUGAGAAGAUAAAGAAGAAAAAGGAUGAGGAACAGAAAAAUUCUUGCUCAUCCAUUUUACAGUUUCCAGCUCUAAGAAAAAUAUUUUUCAUUCUAACUUUCUGCUGGAUUGCCGAUUUCACGUCUUACAUGGGACUGCAGUACAACGUCAUCAAUUUGGAAGGCAACAUUUUCCUCAACUUUUUCAUGUUGUCUGUGGUAGAAGCCCCGGGUAACAUCAUAUUCUGGAUCUUGAUGGAACGAAUCGGAAGGAGAUGGUCCGCUGCGAUUGGUUACUUCGCCACUGGAGUUGUCAUACUAAUGCACACUACAGGCCUGCCGUACAGUGAAAUAGUGACUUGCGUGAUUGGGAAGCUUAUCAUAUCGGGUACGUUCAUGGUGACAGAUCAGCAGGCAUGUGAGCUCUAUCCGACGACCUCCAGAUCUUUCUUCAUGGGAAUCAGCAAAUUCUUCAGCAAGGCAGCCACAAUGUUCGUUCCCUAUCUCAUCUAUUUGGGGAUGUACGGUAAAGCAAUACCAUUUGUCGUUAUGAGCCUCCUGUGUUUCCUGGCUGGAAUAUCUGCCGUUUUUCUGCCUGAAUCAUUGGAUAAAAAUCUGCCGCAAAAUGCUUCUGACCUGGAAGACUUUCAGAAAGAUCAAGAAUUCUUCUCAUUUAACAGAAAGAAGCAAGAUUCCUCAGAUCAACCUACAGUACAAGCAUGAGCAUUUAAAAGUACUGGUACUGGUGAAUAAAAUUUUUACAUGUAUUUCCUAUUUAUUCAAAUAAAAUUAAACGUUAUAAAACGCA